AGCUUUAUCCAUGGGCGGGGCCUGCGGGGGGGUCACGUGUUGUAGGAAAAGUUUGCGGUCCCGACGGGAUGCGAGGAAAGUUUUGCGCUUGUUGUUCCUUCGAGUUCCGGAGUGAGAGGCGCCGCGGCCGCGACCAGUCUGAACCCUGCGACAGAGAAGAGCGACUCUGUGGGAAUCUUUACUGAGGCGGCGAGUUCGGAGCAGUGAUUGCGGGAGCGAACCGACCCUGGGGGGAGAGGGAGGCGCAGGGACCCCCACCUCUCCCUGAGAUGAGCGGGAGCCGCGGGCACUCUGACUCCGAGCAACCCGCGUAUAUCUGUGGGGCCCAUUAGUCACUGCCCCCCAUAGUAUCUGCCCCCAAGUCUCCCAGCGAGUCUCCCCCACACACAGCCCCCCCCGCAGCCAUGGAGCCCGGAUCCCAGCCUUCCGCCCCGGCUCAGCCUCCCCCUGCGGGGCACCAGAUCGUACAUGUGCGGAGCGACUCGGAGACCGACCUGGAGGCGCUAUUUAACGCCGUCAUGAACCCCAAGAACGCUAACGUACCCCAGACCCUGCCCAUGCGGAUGAGGAAACUCCCCGACUCGUUCUUCAAGCAGCCCGAACCCAAGUCCCACUCACGGCAGGCCAGCACAGAUGGGGGAUCAGCUGGAGCUCUAACUCCUCAGCAUGUCCGCGCUCAUUCCUCCCCGGCCUCCUUGCAGCUAGGGGCAGUGUCCCCUGGUGCCCUUUCUCCGCCGGGGGUGGUUCCCGGCCCCGCACCAGCACCCAACGCUCAGCACCUGCGCCAGUCUUCUUAUGAAAUUCCAGACGAUGUUCCUCUACCGCCAGGAUGGGAAAUGGCAAAGACGCCCUCCGGGCAACGAUACUUUCUGAACCACAUGGAACAGACAACGACAUGGCAGGAUCCAAGGAAGGCUAUGCUCUCUCAGAUAAACCUUCCCGCUCCGACUAGCCCGCCGGUGCAACAGAAUAUAAUGACCCCAACAGGUCCACUGCCAGACGGGUGGGAACAGGCACUGACUCCAGAAGGGGAAACAUACUUCAUAAAUCAUAAGAACAAAACCACAUCUUGGCUAGACCCACGAUUAGACCCACGUUUCGCUAUGAAUCAACAGAGGUUGAGCCAGAGCGCCCCAGUCAAAUCGCCGCCCGCGUUACCGCCCCAGAGCCCUCAGAGUGGGGUGCUAGGCAGUGGCGGUAACCAACAACAGAUGCGCCUCCAACAGCUACAGAUGGAGAAAGAGCGUCUCCGGCUAAAGCACCAAGAACUGCUUCGGCAGGAACUCGCUCUCCGCAGCCAGAUCCCACCAAUGGAGCAGGACGGCGGCACUCAGAACCCAGUGUGUUCAACAGGGAUUUCCCAGGAGAUGAGAACAAUGACAAUGAACAGCUCCGAUCCAUUCCUCAACAGUGGAACAUAUCACUCCAGAGACGAAAGCACUGACAGCGGGUUGAGCAUGAGCAGUUACAGUGUACCCAGGACUCCCGACGAUUUCCUCAACAGUGUUGAUGAAAUGGACACAGGUGAAGCUAUUACCCAAAGUACAAUACCUACCCAACAGAACCGGUUCCCAGACUAUUUGGAAACCCUUCCUGGCACAAAUGUGGACCUUGGCACGCUAGAGGGAGAAGCCAUGAAUGUGGAAGGGGAAGAACUUAUGCCGAGCCUUCAAGAAGCUCUCAGUUCCGACAUCCUCAACGAUAUGGAAUCCGUUCUGGCAGCAACCAAACUAGAUAAGGAAAGUUUCCUCACGUGGUUAUAGAAGCAUCUGCAAAACUGAUUUCUAAAUACCCGAAGGAUUGUUCAUGUCUGGAGGUGAAACUGAGUUUAUGAUAUAUACAGAAAAAAUAUCAGGCGGCGAGCAAAAACUACUUUUUUAAAAAAAAAACAAACAAUUAUUUUUUGAUGUUUUUAGUAUUCUCCACCCAUUGCUGCUUCAUUGCGUCUGAUAUAUUUGAAAGAGCCUUAUGAAUCAACCACACCAGUCUUUUCCUGCUAUAGCUGCCUUUUUCAGACAUUGGUUUGGCCUACACGGAUCAAGGAUGCUUGGGAAGCGCUGCAGCCGACGGGGCUCAUGUACAUAGCACGCAAAUCGUUUGGAAUUCACCAGCCAAUCCCAGAGACUAGAGACCACGUCCUAAACCCAAUAUAACAUUUUGUAUAAAGGUGUUUUUUUUUUGUUUUUUUUUAGAAAUGUAGUGUUCUUAUUAUGGUAGCAGUACUGCCAUACCAACGCUUCUCAGUCACUUUGUGUACUCUCAGCAAUCCAUUGGCUGUUUUUUUUUUUUCCAUCUAUACCCAUGGCAACUUUCCAUGGAAGUCCUUAUAGCAGAAUUGGAGAUGGAAUCUGGUGCCUCUUUGGUCAGUGUAAAAAUAUCUUCAAACAACGGGGGGGAUUGGGUGUGUAAGUUCGCUGGCCACUUCAAGCUCUGGGUUUCACAAAUGCAAAGAGAAGGGAAAAAAAUGAUUGGUUGGAUAUGUUCCUAAGCCAACAUAUUAUUGGAAUGUGUAGGGUAGCAUGGACAGAGAAAGUGGCGAAGUUUGCAUAAGUAUGGAUCAAUAGAUUCUGCAUAUAGACCACAGGGGUGUGACCAUCUCAAUGAUCAUAAGCUACAACCCCCAGUACCAUCCGAUAGCAAUGGUUUGCUCAUAGGAUGUGUGUGCCUUCUCCCAAAUCCCAGAACCCGUCAACCUACCUCUUGUCAUUUUUCUUUUAAAUCUAGAAAUCCGAGAAAUGCCUUUUUGACUUUUGCAAUGGAAAUCUUAAACCUAUCGAUUUUUAUAAUGUUUUAAGAAAUCUGGUAGUUGUGGGAACUACAUUUUUACAUGAAAGUGUUAAGAAAUGAGUCUUUUUAGAAGUGCCUGCACAAAAAAUAGGUCUCUGUACUUGGUAUCAAAUGUCUGUCGGAAACCCUGAGAGAGAAGGUUGCUAUGUCAGUGGGAUCGUCUUGCCUUACUGUACAAUAUCCAGUGUUGAUAUGCUGUAUUCCUGCACAAGGGCACUCCAUGAAACCAAUAUCUUUGAAGUUAUUGCCUUUAGAGGAGACCUAUGAAGGUACCAGCAAGGUAGCUAAUUCUUAGGGCCACCGUUCCAGCCCGGACAUAUGGCGGCUGGAUGAUAAGAGAUGGUAUCAGUUCUGAACUUCCUUGUCUUUGUUCAGCACCAUUGGAGAAUUUCCUCAUAACACCAGCAAAAAGCAAAAGCUACUGGUGGGCCAACAAGGAACAGUACCCUUGAUACCACUAACUCAGCCAGGUAAGGGGGUGUCACUGCGCCCUGAGUGGAGGAAGUUUGAGAUGCCUAUCUUCUUUGCUAUAUUUUUGAACUUCUACAGCAGCCCUAGGAAUAAGGUACAUUUUGUACAAAGCUGAAUGUGCUGCUCCUCAGGUUUAUAACUGAAACUUAUGAUUACCGUGGCGCUGCAAAUGGCCCUGUGAUGGAUCAGAAGCUGCACGGUGAGCCACUGAGUGAGUUGUCUCAAUGGCCAUGAAAAAACCUUGUUGGGAUGGAGGUUGUUCUGUCAUGUAAACUUUUACAUUGCUGUGCUCUGUAGAUCUUUACAGUAGAACUGCCAACCAAGAGCAAUCAGAAACAUGCUGUUUUAUAUAUAGAAUUUCAUUUGCCUUCUAUGUGCAGAACCACUACCAAUAACCUAUACCUGCCACAAGUGGUGGUUGUUGUUGAUGGCCAUUUUUAUAUCUGCUGGACUGUUUGGCUGAGAAUGCUGGUAGUUUAGAGGCACCCAUGGUGAGAGCUAUGAUUAACGCCAGUUGAGUCCCCUGUAGCCAUUUAACAAGUAAAUACCAGGUAUUAGAGUGCGUCUUUUUUUAUAGAGCAGCACUUCAGGUCUUGCAGGCCAGUGAGACCCGUGACCUGUAUAGGAGGAAAGUGGGCUCAGUGUGGCAUUGAUCUGACGCCUUUGGGUUUGUUUUAGGACUUGCCUUGAUGACGGAUGUAAGAAUGAUCAAUUUCAGUUCUAUUUAGUAUAAACCAUUACAUGGUAUAAGACAAGGUACCCGUGUCGGCCUCCAGAAGCAGCCCAAUCAGCAUCAAGCUGGACGUUUUUAAGCGCCUUCUGGUCAAAUAUCACCAGGAUGCAUAUAUUCCAUUUGGCAGUGAAAUGCCUUCAUCACAUGGUAACUUCUCAAGUAACUGUAAGCCUUUACCAGUAUUAGCCUACUUGUGCGUGUCUGCUUAAGCAAAUACCUGGCCGGCACAGGCCGAAUUAGUGGCCGACUUUGCCUCUCCCGACCAAGUCGGGGACACAUUGACCUGUGUUUGGCGCCAAUUAUGUACGGCCAGCUUUAGUUUCCCCCUAAGGUCUGAUUGAUCCAUUUGUUCUGAUAAAAACUAAUAUCAGUGUAGCUUUUACUAAAUGUUUUUAAAUGCUCGUUUUUGCUCCUUUUUAUAGUUAGCGUGCAACCCAUCCAUGAAUUCAUCAGUAGCCAAAAUAAUGAUUUCUUUUUUUAAACAAUAUAAAGUCUUCCUCACCGGGAUGUUGGCAAUAAAAGGCCCAGCUAGAUACCUGUUCUCUAUCCCAAAUGCAGACGGAGUGGGACCAUAGCGAUGGAGUUAUAGCGAAAGUCUCUACCACGACUAAUGCUCUGGCCAUUCUAGCGUUUAACUCUGAGGCCUAGGCAAUGGUGCAUCAUGUGCAUCGGCUUUUCACAUUUAGGGCUAAACUUGCACUUUAAUAUACACACUACAUGUUCUACCUCUAUACCAGCUCUGCAAUAGCCAUAACUUUCUGACGUAUUUACUUGCCAAAUAUCUUAGAGGAACUUAGAGUGAUUUGUCUUUGUACGUUCCAUUACAUCACCGAGGAGCCACUGUAUGUGCAGCAGAUAAUGUUAUCAAAACACUUGUGUGUCGUUUACAGGUUGUUUGAUACUGAAUUUAUAGCAUGUGUUUGAGAAAGCGGAAUAAGGUACCAGUACGUAAAGGCCGGGGAGUCAUACCGACAUGGAUAACUGAACAAGCCAGUUUAUCAUUGAAACAGAUUUAUUAUUGAUUCUCACGUAUCUAGCAUAAUCAUUUCUGGUAUAUUACUGCAUUGUUUCGUGUGUGUCCUGGUUAGGAUACAUUAUAACUGGUGAAAAAGUCAGUUUUUACUUACUGUCGGUCAGUUUCUACUGACCAUCGGUAGAAACUGACCGUCGCAGUUCUACAGUUACCUAACUGCCACCGGCACAGUGCACAAGCACGCCAUCCAAAUAAGUAUCUACAAAUCCAAAAUAAAAAUGUAAAUCAGUUAAUAACUCCUGUUUGCAGGCAUUGUGGUUGAGUAAUUUUUAAAAUUUUAUUUAUUUGAUGAUUUUUUUAAUCUUUUUGGUUAAUGCACAACUGGCCUGUCUUUGACAUAGACCGUGAGUGAGAGGCAGAUUCUUUGGGGUUUUGAGUGCGCCCCCUAUGCAAAGGGUCAGCGCUGAGCUAAUAAAUGACACAUAAUUCUACGUUGUAGAAACCGACUAACAUUGUCAGCGUUGGCGCAGCCUGUGGCCCUAUUACUGCUGUGGAACAGGGCUUGGGUGUCCCUCUGAUGGACGCCGUCAUCUCUCAAGUUAAACCCCCGGUAAUUGUAAAUGAAUGCGAAAUGUUUUUAUUUUUUAUGCUUUCACACUACAUUAUUGUAUAUAGAUAUCACUCCUUCACACUGCUGUUGAGAUAUGAUAUGUAGCAUCUAGCCAUCGUGUAUGAUAUAAUCAUGUGUAUCACAAGUGUUAGCUUCCAUUAUCAAUGUCUUCGAGUCUCUGCUUUAUCUGUUGCUCCCCGACGAGUCAGGGGGGGGCCGAGACAGAACAACACUACUCAGUUGGAGACUGCGGAGAAACUGUAAAUAGAUUAUGAUUUAUCCAUUGUAAUGUUCAGCCAAUAUCCCUUGGUGUUCCCUUUCUCCUCACCGUGUCUAUUUAAGCUCAGUAGAUGUUCCAUUAGCUCUGGGGCUCUCCCGUCACUUUCCACGUUUCUGCAAUUUUUUGUUUUUCUGAAUGAAAUGAUCGGAUCCCUGACCGAAGCCAAAGACUUGUCCAAGACGCGUGUACUGGUAGCUUUCCUGUUUACACUGGUUCAUCUUCAGAGCCGCAGAUCAAGGGGUGCCCAUGUGCUGUGCCACCCAACCGUGCCUUAUAACAGCUAGAGAGUUAGGUAGGCUCCGCUGGUAGUAAAGUACGGCCGACACACGUGACCUAUUUCCAUCAACUAAAAAGCCUGCAUUUAUUGUGUUUCCAUGUUACUGUAAGCUAUCAUACGGCUUUGCCUUGGCAUCUCCCCCCCUCCUGGCUAGACAUGGACUCUCCUAUAGUAUGUCCCAUAGCUACCAAGCAGACCUGGCUCAUGUAAUUGUAAAUAUACCCAGUAAGCCAUACCUUCAUAAUAUUUUAAAGAUUUAUUUCCCUUUUUUAUUUUUUUAAAAAACUCUCUACAGCCUCCAAAAUAACAUACCUCUCUCCCUACAUUCAGUCUUAUGCAGGUUUUAUAUCUGAAGCAGCUCAACUUCAGCUCUCUGAGCUACUUCCUGGUCUGGCUUGAAGCCCCACCCCCUUUGCUGUUCCUCUCUUUGACCAUCUUCACAGUUGGAGAGAAGAGGAGAGCUCAGUGAAGGGGGGUGGAGCUUCACUCCAGACAGCGGAAGUUGAGCUGCUUCUGAUAUAGAAUCUGAAUGAGACUGAGUGCAGGGAGAAGGGUUUGUUAUUCUGGGGGCUGUAUAGAGUAUUUUAGGGGCUUUUAUGAUGAAAAAAAGGCUUUUAUUUUAGGACGGCCUACAUGUAACUACUAUAGUUUCCCUUUUGAGUAGCGAGCCUGUUGCAUGAUAUCCGUAUGAAAUUCAGUAGACACUAAAUGGUCCUAAAAGGGAAAGACAAAUGGUUUUUAUAAAGUAUUUUAUGCCUAAACCUAUUAAAUAAUCAGUGGUGAUGGAGAGGAUCCCGACAUGGGAUAACCAAUCAGUGUUGGAACACAAGCAAUGCAAUAACGACACUACAGCUUUGCACAUGCGCCCGAUCAGUACAAAAUGGAUUCCAUAGUCGCAUUGCGGUUUUACUACACAAGGGGGUGCCCCGGGCUCUUUUAAUUUGUUUUUUUUUUUUAACUUUUUCAUAUUUUGUCUUAUUGUAGAGAAUUGCUAAAUGCACACAGUAAAUAUAUGUUAAUCUCGUUUACUUUAGAUUAAAGCAUGCCAGUAUAUUAGGUACAUGAACUCUGUUACAUUUUCUUCCUGUAAAACAUUUAAAAGUGAAUAAUUUUGUGAUAUAAAUAUAUAUCUUGUUGUGCUUACGUAUCUUGGUUUUAAUUUUUAUUUUCCUUUCUGAAUAAAACUGUACCCCCCCUCCCCCCCAUACAAUGUGCAGACCAAAAAUUGUCCUUUUUAGCUUUCUAUCUAGAACAAAUGUGUGACAAUCUCCCCCCCCCCCCCCCCCCCCCUUUUUACUUGAUACCACGGUUCCGAAUGGGCCGCGACUUCACACAGUGAUUGUUGACUAUAUUUCUACCCACUUAAUAAAAUAAGCUGUAAAUAU